UUUUUUUCCAGAAGUGUGUUUUGUGAAGCGCAAGUUGGUUCGAGUGAACCGUUUCAACAGCACCAUGGCUAGCGAUCGGAAGGGCAUUCUGUCCAAAGCCAAGAAGCAGCUGGAGCGGCAAUCUGAGAAGCUGCGUCAAAAGCUUGGUCACAAGGAUGAUGCUGACGAUGUCUAUGCAGACAUGGUGGCCAACUUCAAUCGCCAGCAGGCUAACGAUGCCUAUGACGAGGCACGCAAAAGUUUUGAGUUUAUCGAUCGCGAAUGCCAUGAGGCCUUGCCUAGUCUUUACGACCAACGCAUCCCUUUCUACUCGGCUACACUCGAGUCACACUGCAACACUACAGCAAUCUUUUACGGUGCAUGUCAAUCGGCAUUAGAACAGCUUCAGCUGUUUUGCAGUCACAUCUUGAGCCCAGAUACUUCAAACGAGGCGUCCUCUACCCCAGCAAGCGCAAACCGCAACGCCAUCGCGGCAGAGACGGCUGCGGUCGAAUUACCUAGAAAUGCCCUCGAAUUGCGAGUUGUCACUCACAACUACGAGGCCACGGGGGACGAUGAACUCAAUCUGACUCGAGGCGAUCAAGUUGUAGUUCUACCUUUCCCAGAUCCAGAAGAUGCCGAGGACGAAGGUUGGCUGUUUGGACGAUUGGGUGAAUGCGAGGGCAUGUUUCCGGAAAAUCACACGCAGAAAAUUGAUUCAGCGGCUUAGAAAUAAGCUUGGAGCUGGCGACCCCUCUAAGGCUGGGGAGAAGCUGAGGCCACUGGAGGGUCUGCUGAUUCUUUCCUGGGCUGUGUUCUAAACGCUUUGCGCAUCGACUUGGGUCUAGGACCAUGACUUUUGACGUUCUCAUCCCUAGGUGUGACUCGCACCGCCUUUCCUGUUUGAGUAAUUGAUUGCACUUCAUCAGC